UUAAUGUUUUUGUCGAUGAUUCUCGGUGGCUCCGAAGCACGAGAGUUUUUGGUCGGUGGAAACGAGAAUUCUUGGCGUGUCUCUACUUCUCCUAAUCACUUGAUCCAAUGGGCUGAAAAAGAACGAUUUAAGAUUGGAGAUUCUCUUGUGUUCAAAUACGAUUCAAAAGUAGAUUCCGUGUUAAAAGUGGAUGAAGAAGACUACAAGAAAUGCAAUAAAAACAAACCCCUCAAAGAGUACCAUGAUGGUAACACCACGAUCGUGCUCGACAAGGCCGGACCGUUCUUUUUCAUUAGCGGGUUUACCGGACAUUGCGACAAAGGUGUAAAGCUUGAGGUUAAGGUUUUAUCUCACAAACAUGGCUCAAUCGGUGAAUCGUCUCCUUCUAUCGCUCCUAAACCUUCUCCAAAGGAAUCGUCUCCAAAAAUAUCAUCUCCGUCCGUAUCUACUCCGCCAGAGUCUCCGAAAAAAAGUGAUGCCGGAUUGAAUUUCAGGGUUGAUAUUUACACCGUGGCGAUGGCUUCAAUGGUUGCAAUCACAAUGGUUUAA